UGGAGCAUUUGUCUGGAUCGUCGUGUUAUCUGUUGUGUUUUCGGGGCCUGCGAGUGGACUUGAAUAAUAAAUAAAAAAAAAACAUGUCGUUUUGAUAAAACUUAUUAAAAGUGACGUGAGUUAAAUGCGUACUGUAUAGUUUUGUGAUACAGCAAGUGAGUUGUUAAUUUUAAAUGUUAAAUAAAUAAUAAAUAUAUUGUAUAGAUGUGGUAUAUAAUUGGUGUAGGAAUAUGGUGUGAAGAGAGAGAGAGCUAUAACGUCGAGUGUAACAAACGGUUGGGUUGGCACGACGUGAACGCAGGUAUAAUUUAAUAAAGCCCACCAGUGGCACACAACAGGGGAGGCUGGCGAUUUAACAGGAUAUCGAUUUGUGGCCCCCGCGAGAGCGGAGCCAGUGUGUGCCCGUGUCGUGUGUGCCUUUCUGGUCUCACUCAGUUGCAUUGCCAUUCAGCAUUUGCCAGAGUGAAGAGAAGAAGUUGAAGAAGGAGGCGGCCAUGGACGUCGAUAUUUUUGGGGCACAGCUUACCGUGUUAAGGCUCUAUUGCUUGAGCCGUAUAAGGCCUUAUGUAAAGGCCUGAUAGGGCCCGAACACAUAAAUAUCUUAAAUAUUUAUCACCUUAACCUUUACACUUAAAAAAAAAAAAAAAAAUAAUAACAGAAAUAAAAAUAAUAGUAAUGCUAUGAGCACCCCAGGAAUACGUUAACAUUAACAAAUAAACCAGUGUAACGAGCAGCAGCAGAAGGAGGAGGUGAAGAACAAGACAGAGAUACACAACACACACGACCGAUAAGUUAGAAAGAAAUAAAAUAUCACACGGUUGGUGAGCGAGAGCAAACAAGGGAGAAAAAAGAAAGAGCGAGUACUUGAAACAAGUGAGAAAAAUAGAUACGGAAGGAAAGUGUGAGAGAGAGAGGUUGAGGAAGGACAAUAAUUUAAUACGGUUGAGAGAUUCAUCUUUUGACGACACUUGACAAUAUUACUAAAACGAAAAAUCUUUUUCUCUCCCUCUCUCUCUCUUUCUCUUGAUAUAGUUUUUUUCGAUUUGCGCAUAUAAAAUACAUAUAUGUAGGACAAAAACUGUAGGGCAGAUUACGACCACAAGAUAAUUUAGAACGCGAGUGUAAGAGAGACAGUAAAGAUGGAACUCGGCGUUACGACAGAUACCGGAGGGGCGGUCGCAUGCCCCGUAUGUACACUCUACCUCAGAGAGGGUAUAAGUCUUCAGAGGCACCUGGACACCCAUCCAAAGGAACAAGUUAUAGAGGCACUGAUAAAAGCCAGUGGCUCGUCGUCAAAUUUGUCGUCUCUUCAGUUACCUCAAACCCAAGUGCCUCAGGUACCGCAAACCCUUCAGCCGUCACCGCCGCAACAGCAGGUCAAUGCCCAAAGCUCAGCUUCAGCUCCAACAGCAGCAGCUGUUGCUGCUGCUCACAUUCCUACGCAGGCCCCGUUUCCCAUUGGACCUGUCUUUGAGUGUCCACCGAUCAAUGCAAUGAUGCCACCACAGUUUGCCUCUUUUAAUUAUCAACAAUUUGUCAACAAUGGUACUAUGAUGAUUCCACAGUACGCGAUGGCACCACCUCAGGCAAAUCAGAUGAUGCAAAUGCUCUAUAAUCCAUACAUGUACCAACAGCAACAGGUACCGACUGUGCAGAUGAUUUCACCAGUAUCAGCAAUUUCAACUACCCGUAUUAGGCCGGUAGUUACGGUAGCUAACACUGAAACUACAAGAAAUGUUAUGAUAUCUACUAGUACUAAUGAACCUAAACAAUUAAUACCUGAGAUGAUUUCAGAGGCAAAUAUGGAAAGAAUUUUACCAGACAUGGACACUUGUACAAAUUCAAAUCAACAAUCGACAGAAAAUACAACAGAUAUACGACACGAUGAUAAUGAUAGUGAUAAUUCGGUUAGACAACUGGAUCAUCGAGAUCAGCAAACCCAGAGUAAUUCACCGAGACGAGCGGUAGAUAAUAGUGAAAUUGUGAGAAAUGAUGCUGAAUCAGCAGUGCCUGAAGAAGAAAAGUCUGAGAGUAUUCUUCCGGAUAUGGAAGAACCAGAAGUUGAUAAUACUAAUAAUCAAUGUAGAAAUGAACAGCAUUUACAACAGGAUCAAGAACAUCAGAGAUUUUCAUCUACAUAUAAUAGUCAAAUUGACAGUGAAAAUAGUGGUACUGAUACACGAUUAAAUCAGCAUAGACAAGAACAAGAUAAAUUUGAGAGUCAAGAACAGAGUAAUGUUGAAAAAUUAAACUCUUCAAAGCCUAUUGAGUCACAAAUAAAUUCAGCUCCAACUCCGAUGGUAUUAGAAACAUGUCAGCAAAAUGAAGAAGAACAUCUCGAGCAUCUUCUUAUUACAAUGAUCGAGUCUGGUUUUGUUGAGACACAUGAGCAAACAAAUGCUGUUCGUGAACCCAAUUCAGAACCUAACCUUAAAACAAUUACAACCCAAAAUGAAGAACAAAUGGAAGAAGAAGAAGAAGAAGAGGUAGAAGAAGAAGACGAUGAUGAUGAAGAGGAAGAAGAAGAAGAAGAGGAAGAAGGAGAACAACAACAACAACAACAACAAUCAGAAAAUAAUUUUACAACAAUUGACGAAAUUAAAUAUAUUAAUGACAGUGAAGCUUGCGUAGAAAGGGAAAAGUGCAUUGACACGAUUAUUAUUGACGAAUGCGACUUGGACUAUGCAUAUCGGUAUAGACAUAGUUUAUCAGCGCCUGCGUCUCCAGUAUCAGCGUCAAAAAAAAUAUCACGGUCUUAUACAAGAUCAGAGUGUGGUUCAACUGAAAAUCUUAAUUCUUAUCCAGCUGGUUUUGAUGCUACUGCACUGCAAGUUGAUGCUGAUCAUGAAGAUGACGAUGAAGAAAAUGAUAAUGAUGAAGAUGAUGAUGAUGAUGACGAUGAUGAUGAUGAUGAUGAUGAUGAUGAUGAGGAGGAGGAAGAAGAAGAAGAAGAAGAAGAAGAAGAGGAAGAAGCUAAACGUGUGGGUGGUAAUUUUGAUGAAGAGGAUAUGGAGAUUGAAGAAAUAGCUAGUCCACAUACACCAUUUAUUAAACAAAAUGAAGAUUUUGAUAAUGCACGUUCUCAUACGCCAUUAUCAGCAAUCAGUGGUAUCUCUGGUCUUCGAGUACGUAGAGAUCUUAGUAAACCAUCAUCACCGGUUUCGAUGCGAUCAUUUGAUCACAUGGAAGGUGACAGUCAUGAUGAAGAAAGUACUGAUUCAAUAAGAAGUCAGAAACAUCUAGUUGAUUGUUCACAAGUUGAUCACAGUGUAGUAAGGUCAAGUCAUGAUAUAUCUGAAGGUGCUUGUAUUGAUACUGUAAGAAAAUCAGAAAAUAAUUCCAGUGGAAUCUUUCAUCAGUCUGUUAUUACUGAACAUGUUAGCUCAUUUACAGCAAUUCACUCGCAACAAUCAAUAACUAAUGAUAAUUAUUCAAUAUCUAAUAGUGAAGUUAUAACGCAUCAAUCAGAUUUAAAUUGUGGUUCAUCCCAAACAAUAGAACCUACUACGGCAAGUAUCGAAUCUAAGAGUUUUCAAUCAACAUUAACUAAAACAGUAAACCACAUACCAACGACUGAGCUUCUUAAUAUCAACGAAGACGCCCAUUCAGGUCCUAUGAAUGUAUUUGAAUUUGAUGGACUUCAAAUUCUUGUUCCUAGUACAUUUAUAAGUGAAUCCUCGCAGAAGGCAAUCAGUGCAACAAGUCAACAGUCAAUGGCAAGCAGUGAAGGUGGUGCAGGUAUUGAUGAAGAAGUUAAGAGUGUCAAUAUGCGGGCUGAUGAGACGAUGCCACCAAGGGGAGAGCUGUCUGAGCAGGAAAGCAACGGCUGCACGGAACACUCGGCUUGGCAGCAGCUAUACGUUGGUCAGGAGUCCUCCCGUAUGUCGACAUCGUAUGAUCUGAUGGCACGUGAAAGCUGGGAAGAGUCAGAGGGAUCUGAUAAUGAGGCCGGUGUACCACUGUUGGAUAGUCGUUCACUCGCUACUCACUUUACUUCCAGCUUAUUUCUUGAUCGUGAUAGAAAAACACCAACAAAACAACGUACAUUUAAAUGUUCACAAUGUUCAGAAGUUUUUGAUUGUCCGAAAGAACGACGUGUUCACAGUACAACUGUACACAAAGAAGCUGGUCCAAGUAAUAGUUGCAGUAAUAGUGGUAUUGCUGAACAAUCUGAAACAAAAGAUAUAAAACUUCUCGAUGGUCCCAUGAAUCCUUUUGAGGAUAUUUUUGUUCCUGGUAUACAUGUUCAACAGGCCUAUCAACAACAACAACCGUUGCUACAUCAAAUGCAACCACCACAACAAUUAAGUGACAUCAGUAAAGUUGAAACUGUUGAAAAAACUGAAAGUCUUGCUUUAACACAGGGUAUAGAAAUUUCAUGUGCCAUGUGUACACAACGUUUUAGUUCUGAACGAAGCUUACAGAUGCACAAUAGACGUGUUCAUGGCACCGAAGUUGCGCGACGUCUUCAUGAUAUUUCAAAAUGUCAAAUAUGCAAUGAAGAAUUUCCUUCAGUUGCUUUAUUUAAUGCUCAUUUAAAAAUUCAUCCACUUGAAUGUUCUCAAUGUGGUAAAUAUUUUUAUCGUAAACAAAAUUUCAAAUUACAUAUGAAACGUCAUCUUGGUAUUAAACCAUUUCCAUGUACAGUUUGCGAUAAAGCAUUUUUAACAAAACAAAAAUUAGAUGAACAUAUGAAUGGUCAUACAGGUAAUGCACCAGUUAAAUGCAAUCUCUGUAAUGAAACAUUCCGCAGAUACUCAAAUUUAACUCAACAUAAAAAUCGUCAUCAUUUAAAUAUAAAACGUAAACUAAAAGAUUAUAUAUGUCACUGUGGUGAAGUAUUUCAUACAAAAAAAAAGCUUGCUUGGCAUAAGGAAACACACGAUGAAAAACCUAAAGCAUGUACCUAUUGCAAUGAAAGAUUUAUACACAUGGCUAGUUUAACACGUCAUAUGCGACGGGCUCAUAAUCGUCGUUUUGUACCAGAUGCUCAACGUGAAAAUGAAAAUGUUGAAUGUCCAAUAUGUAAGUGCAUCUAUUUACGUUCAUCAUUGUCGGUUCAUAUGCGUGUACAUAAUGGAGAACGUCCUUAUGAGUGUCAGGUGUGUUCAAAAGCAUUCAGUACCAAGUGGAACUUACAAUUACAUAAAUGGACUCAUGCAGCACGUAGCACCAAACCCUUUAAGUGCAAUCAGUGUAGCGCUGCAUUUUAUCGUCACAGCGAUUAUACAGCACACAUGAACUCACAUAGAAAUGUAAGACCGUAUACAUGUAAUUAUUGUGGCGCUCAAUUUAUAAGAAAAUACAAUUGUUUAAGACAUGUUAAAGAACAUGAAGAAAAUAAAGCGUACACGUGUGACGUAUGCAAUAAAACUUUUCACCGGUCAUAUUAUCUAAAAGAGCAUUUACGUGUUCACAGUGGUGCACGACCAUACACGUGUCACAUAUGCGGUAAAUCAAGCAGUACCAAGUCAAAUCAUAAUAAGCACGUAAGAAUUCAUCAUGCUCGUGAGCCUGUAAAUACUGAAAAUUAAAUUGCCAACUUAUUCAUUUUAUUUUAUUUUAAUUUCAUUUUUUUAUUUUUUUUUUAUUUUUUAUCUUGACUCUUAAUAAGACAGUGUAUGAUCAUAAUAAAUAUUAAUCAGUCUGAAUUUAAUGUAGACAAUGCACACCCAGUGGGUUUAUAUUUAAUUAAUUGUGAGUGAUUGUGAUUGUGGAUUUUUUUAUCCAAUUUUAUCUUAAUAGUUAUUAUAGAUAUAUAUAUAUUUUUUUUAAAGAAUUAUCCGUGUUUGUUUUAAGAAA